GUAUACAGGAACAUUAUAAGACAAAUGUACAUUACUUAGUAUUUUGUAUACUCUUAUGACCCCUUGUCAGAACUCAAUGUUAUAAACAACAACUUGAGAGUUGUGAUAAAAUGUCAACAAAGUCAGUUGAUAUUUACGAGAGAAAAGUUGCAAUUCUUACAGAAGAUCUCCGACUGUGGAUCCUAAGUCAACCACAUCUGAAUUCUCGUAUUGAGGAUGAAUUUCUUCGGGGAUUUCUAAGGUGUUGUCAAUAUGACUUAAGUGCAACUAAAAUUCGGCUUGAUUCGUUUUACACCCUAAAAACUGGCAUUCCAUCGGUGAUGACAGAACGAAAUGUCAACCAAAAACUACUCGACAUCUGUCAAAUUGGAAUCGGAAUCUACCUACCAGUUUCCCUUAAAGACAGAGAUUUUCGAAUAAACUUUUCAAAAUAUCCAUCAAGAAUUCAUAAUAAUUCUAUGGUAUUUAAAUACUCCGAUCUUAUAAAACUAUUUUUCAUGUCCGUGGAAGUAAACAUGAUCGAGUCUAGAAAUUUGGAAUCUCAACAAGCUGCCAUAAUUUAUGUCAUUGAUAUGAAAGAAGCAACAUUUAAGGAAAGCUUACAAAUCGAUUUUGCAUUCUCGAAAAAAGUCCUACAAUUUACUCAGCAAGGUCUACCACUGCAGUUGGAUGAAGUUCAUUUUAUAAACGUGUCUCGAUAUUUUAUUUGCAUACUUCGUAUUUUGUGUUCAUUUUUGAAUGUGGAUUUGAAGAAAAAGCUGUUUAUACACAAUUCAAUGGAUUCAUUUUACAAGUAUAUACCACAGAAAUUCCUUCCAGCAGAAUAUGGAGGUAAAAAUGGAAACAUGAAAACCUGCAUUAGAAAACAAAUCGAAAAUCUUCUGAAAUUCGAACAAUAUUUUGAGGAAGACGAUAUUUAUGGAGUAAAUGAAAGCUUAAGAAGAAAGAUACAAUAAUUUUCUUUUGAUGAAAAUCACUUAAUUCUAUUUAA